AUGGAUGUUCAUCCCUAUCAACGAGAUCAUUUGAUAAUUGAAUAUCCAAUGUGUAUUGAAGAUAGUCUAUUUCGUCGUUAUCGUCGUUUACGUACUUCGAGUGACAGUAAUAAUCCACCCGGUACUCCAUUUGUCAUUGUUGUCUCUGUUUCAAUUGAUGAUUAUUUUGCUGUGCUUAAUUGUUCUACACCCGAACGUGUGUCUCAUCUUAAACUUGAUUGGUAUUUUCAAACGCGUGCCUCGUUAAAACCUCCACGCGUCAUCUGGCAACGUGGUUAUUCAAAUAACCCUCGAUAUACAGCAUAUUCACCCGAUCAAUUGCAGCAUUUCUUUCAAAUCAAGUCUGUUAACUUCAACGACAGUGGUACCUAUAUGUGUGUCGAUCAAACAACCGGUUUUCAGGAUCGAGUGGAACUUCUCGUUCGGGACAGUCGUAGUUGUGCAGCCAGCGCUCGACGGACCGCAAGUGAGAGUCAAGUGACAUGA